AUGUCGAGUACAUCCGCUUCGUUGUCUUGUUCAUCAACCCAGGUCAAUGGUUUCGGUCUUAGGCCUCAAAGGUCGCUUCUUUACCAACCCACUUCGUUUUCUUUCUCCAGAAAGAGAAGUCAUGGUAUCGUGAAGGCCUCAGCUCGGGUUGAUAAGUUUUCGAAAAGCGAUAUAAUCGUCUCUCCUUCGAUUCUCUCGGCUAAUUUCUCCAAAUUAGGCGAGCAGGUAAAAGCAGUAGAGUUGGCAGGUUGUGAUUGGAUUCAUGUUGAUGUGAUGGACGGUCGUUUUGUUCCCAACAUUACAAUCGGACCUCUCGUGGUUGAUGCUUUGCGCCCUGUAACAGAUCUUCCGUUGGAUGUUCAUCUUAUGAUAGUGGAACCCGAGCAGAGGGUACCGGAUUUCAUCAAAGCAGGUGCAGAUAUAGUCAGUGUACAUUGUGAGCAGUCAUCGACCAUCCAUUUACAUCGCACCGUCAAUCAAAUAAAAAGCUUAGGGGCUAAAGCUGGAGUUGUCCUAAAUCCUGGAACCCCAUUGACUGCAAUAGAAUAUGUCUUGGAUGUGGUGGAUCUGGUCUUGAUAAUGUCGGUCAACCCUGGGUUUGGUGGACAGAGCUUUAUCGAAAGCCAAGUAAAGAAAAUCUCGGAUUUAAGAAAAAUGUGUGCAGAAAAGGGAGUCAACCCAUGGAUCGAAGUUGACGGUGGUGUCACUCCAAAGAAUGCAUACAAGGUUAUUGAAGCUGGAGCAAAUGCUCUUGUGGCUGGAUCAGCUGUAUUUGGAGCCAAAGACUACGCAGAAGCUAUCAAAGGAAUUAAGAACAGCAAGAAACCAGAAGCUGUGGCUGUGUAA